CAGGGCGACGUCACAACGAGCGGAGCGGCGCAUGGACGGAGGCGUCUCCAUCGUGGGGUUCCAUGCUCCAUGUUGUCGUCCCACCAGGGUGCUCCUCUUCGUGUUGGAUUUGGUUCGUUGUUUUUGACUUUUUGUUGUUCUUUGUUCCCUUAUAAGGUACUGUUCUUUCUGAUGCAGAUCACCAGCCUUCUUGCGGUCUGCUCCUCAGUUGCGUUCACCUGCAAGGGACAUCUCUUUUUUCUUCAGUGUGCAGGGCCGAUUGCCAUUGGUGUUCCUCCUGUUAUCAGGAGGUUGUGGCUGCAUCUGGAUUGUGUGCUCCUUUUCAAUUGGAAAGAGAUAAUCAGUUUCAGAGGUAUCCUUUACCUCAGCCUCCACCAGCCUCAGGUUCAGCAGUGAAAAAGGGUUUCCACUGUAAGAUCAGUGCCUACCUCAUUCUGAAACUUAGGGCCUAGCACAAUCACCUUCCAGUCAUGCCGUCAAACUUAGGACCUACCACAAUCACCUUACAGUCAUGCCGCCAUGCCAAAAGUGAGAGUGGUAUUCUUUUGCCCAGUCUCCAUCAGCAGAUCAGUAUUAGUAAAUAGUAAUAGAUCGAUUAAUCCAAUGAAUGUUCUAGCACGUUCAGCAUUAUUUGCAUUAUCCUUUCCCUUAAGCUUUACGUGUUCGAAAUCAUUUUUGAAUAGUCUUCACUGCAAUGUGCUCUGUAGCACAGCAUCGGUUUUCAUUGUUGAGUUUAACAUUGUGUUAGCCCUUUGGUAUGUUGUGAUUAGCACAUUGCUCUUGAGUUCUUCCAUCAAGUUUCAUUAAUUCAAGUUCAAAACAUAAAGUUGUUCCUGCUCAGGAUUACUUCUUGACUGUCUUUUCCACACUUUUCACAUGUUUCUGUUCUUUCAAAUUUAUAGACAUGCUUAUCAGCAAAUUCAAGCAAUAAUAUGCCAUGUUUGUGAAAUUUAGAUGUUCGUACCUGGGAGAUAUUUCAGUGUCCAGAAUUCAGACGAUUUCGAACAUGAUUAAUUAUAUAUGGAGGACCAGACAUGGACCUAAAACAGAUUCAACCAUUCAAUAAAAAGUUCAGCACACCAUAUUUCUUACAUGUGUAUUUCAGGGUUUUGUAUACGAGGUAGAAAGCUAAAAACUAUAAGAUUUAUUG